UGGCUGCGCGGGGCCGAGCAGGGCCGGGCGCCUGCGGCGCGGCCUCCCUGGCGCGGGGAAGGGGCCCGGGCUGGGCCGCGGCGGCGCCAUGGGGAAGCGGGACAACCGCGUGGCUUACAUGAAUCCCAUAGCUAUGGCCAGAGCACGAGGUCCUGCCCAAAAUUCGGGACCAACAAUACAAGACUACUUGAACAGACCAAGGCCAACAUGGGAAGAAGUGAAAGAACAGCUGGAGAAGAAAAAGAAGGGAUCCAGGGCUUUGGCUGAGUUUGAAGAGAAGAUGAACGAGAAUUGGAAGAAAGAACUGGAAAAACACAGGGAGAAAUUACUAGGUGGAAAUGAGAGUUCCUCCAAAAAGAAAGAGAAAAAGAAAAAAGAAAAGAAGAAAUCUAGUAGGUUGUCUUCAUCUUCCUCUUCUUCAUCAAGCUCUGAUUCUUCCAGCAGUGCAUCUGAUUCAGAAGAUGAGGAUAAAAAGCAGGGGAAGAAAAAAAAGAAAAAGAAACAUCGCUCCUCACGGAAAUCUUCAUCAAGCUCAGCUUCUGAAUCUGAGUCAGACAGCAAGGACAGCACAAAAAAGAAGAAGUCAAAGGAAGACCAUGAGAAAGAGAAGGAUGGCAAAAAUCAUCACAGAAAGAGGAAGAAAGUCGAUCGUAGUGAUGGGCCUUUAUCAUCAGAAUCCUUAUCAGAACCGGAUCAGACAGAGGAGGUUCAAGUGAAAAAGAAGAAAAGCAAUGAGGAAAAAGAGAAAACAACAGCAAGUAUCCCUUAUAGUCAUACCGUAGUUUUAGGACAUCCAUAUCUUGUACUUGGUUAACUUAUAAUUUCACAGUAACACAAAUGUUUAAUAGUUAAAGUCACAUUAAUUGAAAUUUGAAAUUUCUCUCUUUAGCUGUUGAAAUCACUUUUUCAGCUGCAUAAUUAGGGGAAGAAUUUGUCACUAUUUUAACUACAUAGAUAUGUAUGAAUUGAGUUGUAUUUAACAUUCAUUGCAUCAAGUCAAAAUACGUUUUACCCUGUACCAGCCUAACAACUACAGAUUUCUUUGUAGUAUCAGGUAGCAACAUGUCUAUAGCUAUUGAGGCUGUUCCUUUGUAGGUUUAUUGUGUAUAAAUAUUCCUUUGUACACUUUCUCUACCAGACUAUAAAAAAAGGCCUUAGGAUUCAAUCUCUGCAGCAUCAUAAUACUAAUAUAAUUCUUCCCUCAACCAAAUGAAAUGCUGCUGGUAACCUGUUGCUUUUCUCUGCUUUGGAUACUUUCUCUGAUGAUAAAGGUGGGACAAGGGUUCAGCAGUGAUAGGGUAGAACCUCAGAUAUGUCACAUGUACCUGAGUUAGGGUUGUAGUUCUGAGCUACGCUGUCUGCACUGUGAGCAGCACUGUUUGUAAAUAGGUACUUCAGUUUCCCAAAUGAGUUACGGCACCUGAGCACAGGAAUUUCAGUACUGUUUUCAGUAUGUGAAAUUUGAGUUAGUUUGUUUGUCAUAAAAUUCCCAGUGACUAUUUUUUUUCCUUAAAAGAGAUAAGUAAUGUGUAUAGAACAAAGAUAUUGUAGCAAAUUUGCUUUGUUUAUGUUGUUACACCUACUGAAGAAUUCCAAUUGAACUUCUGCUUGCAAAAGGAUGAGUUUGUAUCUUUCAGUUUUUGAUUGAAUCUGGUGGUGUUAAUUAAGUGUAUAUGUGAAUAUUUAAAAUUGAAACUAUAUCUUUUGUUUUAAUUAAGGUGCAAAUGCUGGAGAUUUUAGCCUAGUAUAGUGCACUGUGAAUACAAGCACCUAAUUUAAGUCUAUAGACAGCCAAGUUACUCCCAUAUACAUAAGAUUUCAAAGCAAAUUAUUCUCUCAGAAAUCUAUAAAGCACUGAAAAUUUGUUAAAAAGAUGAAGAAAUAUGAUAGUGAUGAUGCUGAGGGGUGUGAAGUAGCCAGACCAUGAUGGAUAAAUUGAAAACUCCUCAUAAUAGUGCAAAUCAUAAACUAUUUUUUGUGAUUCUUUUUUCAGUAGGCUUUUAUAAAAGUCUCCUCUGAAGUGCCAUAGAUUUUUACAGAAACAUCUUCCAAAAUGUCUUUGUAAAACUUUCAUUUCCAUGCUCUCACUGUUAUUGAAUGGAAUUUAGUAGAUGGCAGUUUUCUCAUACUGUAACUUCCUUUUUCGCUUUUUUUCUUUUUUUAGGAUAAAGCAAAAAAGAGAAAGAAGCACAAGAAGCAUAGUAAAAAGAAGAAAAAGAAAGCUGCUGGUUCAAAUUCAGAUUUGGAAUAGUAUUUAAAAAAAAAAACAACAACAAAAGCAAGACUAUCAACAAAAGUGCAAUGACUGAAGGAAAUUUAAACUGUGAAAUGAUAACAAACUUUACCAAACUGCAUGAGUUUUCCUGUGUUCUAGAAAUACUCCUAAUCUUUCAGUAGCCAGCCAGAUGCAGCUGUGCUGGGGAAGACCAUUGUUAUUGCCUGCUGCUUAAUACAUGAGGUACAACUUUUAUUAAGUCCAGUAAGCAGUGUUAGAUGUUUGAAACAACGUAAGAUGGUAGUCCAGCUAAGAUGUAAAAUAUUGGAAAGUAAGAGUUAAACUUUUUAGAUACUUAAAGUAGUGUUUUAAAGCAUUAGUAAUAGUCUUUAUUUGUAAAUCAGGACAAAUAAAAUCCCAAAUUCAUCUUGUAGGUUUAUAUUAUACUUAAACAGUUACCAGCUGGUGUCUGCGAAUGGCAUUUACAAAACGGGAAAUUAAUGACAACGUAUAAAAUGCUGCCUUUGUAGUAAUUGCCCCAUUACCAUCUCCAUGCUUAUGAGAAAGGGAAUGCUACCAUUUUGGCUAACUGAAUAGGGUGCCUUUGCCUUGAUCCUUGCAAAUCUCUGCUAUUCUUAAUCCACGCAGCAUCUCUGGUUCCAGAGAGGCCAGAACUAUUGUCAGCAGACUUUUUCUGAAUAAGCAGUUCUGGGCUUCUGAGCAUGUGCUUCUGCAUUAAGCAAGAGCAAUGACAUUUUGCAGUAUAACUGACAUUCAAAGCCAGAAGACUUUACCUCUGCUUCUUUGAAAUAGCGAUAGAUCUGUGCUAGUAAAUAAGCAUAUUUCAUUUAGUGUAAUUUUGGUUUAGUUGAACACUUCCUGCAAACUCCGGUAGCUUUUUCUUUUCCCUUCGCAUUACCUUUUGGAUUGUUUUGCAUGAUUUGUACCUUUAUUAAAUUAACGAAAUGCAGGUAAUCAUUUGUUGUAACCAGUUCUCUAGAUUAUGUUCCACAUGCAGAGUUUCAUGUAUGUAUUUAGUUAUUCUUACAGUUAAGUUCAUUGCUGUGUUGAAGUGCACACUUGCUGAAGAUAUUUAGCAUGUAAAAAGCAGGGUUUUGAUACCUUAACAGCUUCAUAUUGAAGCUGAUUUUACUCUGAGCAAGUUCAGUGGCAGACCUGUUACAUGACGCAUCUUGUUAGAUUAAGGAAAAAAACCAUACUGCCAGAAUCUCAUUAAAUAAUGCUGUUUAAA